AUGGCUUAUUUCCAAACUGACUUUUCAUACAUUCAACCAGUAAUGCGACUUAUCGAAUCCUACGUCACGUGGUUAAACAUUACAGAAGAAAUUACGUUCGUUUUCACAAAUAAAAAAGGUAAAUUAUUAUAAUUUUUUAUCGAUUUAGUAGACAGUACAGAUCUUUAUUUUAUAAUAUCGAAUUGCAUUACUCAUUAUUAGAUGCAAAUCAAGCUAUCGCAUAUCUAACUUCGAGAGAAUCGUCUUUGAGAGCUAUCGUUUUAUAUCGCCUAACGUCCAAUGAAAUCGAACAACUCAAGAAUACGAAAAUCGGCAUUAGACACGUAGCGCUAAUAGGGAAUAAUCUGGAACAACAUUUAAAGACGGUAUAAUACAAAAAUAAUAAUUUUUUUUUUAUGUAGCUAAUAAUAAUUAUAUAAUCUUUUUCUUUUUAGAUACAGCACGAACAUUUAAUAAAACACGACGAUUCGUGGAUAAUAGUUACGAAUAAAUCGAAAAAGUUAAAGUUUGAAUCACCGAUGGCGCCGACUUCACUCAUGAAGUUUACGUCUUGGGACAACGAACUAACGGAUGGAACGGUACGGGCUAAGAUAUUUUUGAACUUUAUUUUAAAUUUUCUCAAACACGAGUCGAAAUAUCGUCAUGAUUUUAAUUGCAACCUGAGUUCUGACGAGUUGGCGUUACAAAAACGAAGAGAAAUAGAUGACAUAAUAAACUCAGUAUGUAUUAUGUUAUUAUAACUGAACAGCUUAUUAAACCAUUAUCUUUAAUAACUUGAAAUUUAAAAUCACUUACUCAAUCUUUAGGACGUAAAUAAAAAUCAAUUUCAUUACAACGUUAACAACGGUUUAGUUACGUACAACGAUCGGGCGAUAAUGUAUAAAGUCAGUGCGGACGGUGUACCUCACGAAAUAGGUUUAUGGACCGUAAAUAAUGGUUUGGACAUGAAAUAUUCGGUUUCGACCAUAGUCAGCGGUCGACGAUUUUUCCGAAUCGGAAUCGCAAAGGUAUUAUAAUAUAUCGAGGCAAAUUAUUUAUUACAGCAUGCAAGUUAGAGUGAAUGGUGAUGCUUAAAAUUUAACUUUUUUUGUAUUUUAAACAUACAUGUAUACUAUGAUAUUAUGAUAAAUAUGUUUAAUAUAAUUAAAAUUCAGCUUAAAAAUAUUGUUUGUGUACCUUGUCGAUUUGUUUUAAACGAUAUUAAAAGCCUCAGGACAUAUUUAAUAUCAAUUCAAUUUUAGUUUUAACUGAUCACAACCAGCUGAUAAAAGUGUCAUACACAAUAAUUUGUAUAAUGUACAUAUUUUAUUAUACACGAUUAUAAACUAAGCAGUUAUAUAAUAUUUUAAAUCCGAUAAAUAAUUGAGUACUCCCAAAGUCCAUUCCCUGGACGUUUAUGGAGGACACGUGGAAAGGCUACUGUAUCGAUUUAAUUGAAAAACUCGCCGAAGAAAUGAAUUUCAAAUACGAAUUAAUUGCCAAAAAUAAAUUCGGUGAAUUUGACUCUACCACCAAUAAAUGGAACGGGUUAAUCGGCGGACUAGUAGAAGGAGUGAGUUACAACAAUGCGUAUAAGAUUAUAUAAGUAUUAAAUUUUUUUAACACUAUUAUUGUUUACCACGGGUGCGACGGUUCUAGGAAUUAGACAUCGUAGUCGCUUCAUUGACAAUGACGUCCGAUCGAGAAGAAGUGAUCGAUUUUAUCGCACCAUAUUUUGACCAAUCGGGAAUAUCGAUAGGUAGGUAUAUGCAUUAAGUAUAGGGUAACUGAAACAAAAUAUCUAGAUACUAGACACUGGUAUAACACUGUUUUAAAUGGGAAGUUGGGAAGAUAGAAUAUAGAAAGAAAUUUAAUUUAUAUCUGUACGCAAUAAACCAUUGGUAAACUAACGAAAAAAACGAUUCGAAGCUAAUGUUUUUUUUUUCUUUUCAUACAUUUACGUACAUUUUCCCGGUUUUUCCAAAUUAUUAUGAAAACCGCUUAGAAAAUCGAAAAAUUACCUCUUAAAAGAACCAACCUGAUAAAAUUUUCUUUCAGAAAAAGAACUACACUUGAAAAUAAAAGCGAGAUUUUUGGUUGAAAAGUUCACAUACACAAAAAAUACAAAAAAAAAAUAUCUUUGUAAUACCAAUAAUACAUUCCUCGUUACGCUCUGAAUCUUAUCUUAAAAUUGUAUACUAUAAAUAUUGUUAUAAUAUACUAUCUAUCAUGCAACCACGCUAUUGUAUUUAUAGUGAUCAGGAAACCAUCGCGCAAGACUUCUUUGUUCAAAUUCAUGACGGUACUAAAACCUGAAGUCUGGCUAAGUAUUGUGGCUGCUCUGACGGUCACUGCGUUUAUGAUUUGGAUACUGGACAAAUAUUCACCGUACAGUGCACAGAACAACAAACUCAAAUACGAACAAUUCAGGUCCGUAUAGCGAUAUUUUUGUUUUAUUCGGUUCUCUUUCUGAUUCCGAAUCUCAAUUAUUUCAUUCGAAUGUUCCGAUUUCUGUUCGGAUUUUCGAAACAUUUUAAUUCACUGUAAUUCCAUAAUAUUUUAAGGGUGUUUUCGGAUUCCAAAACAGGUUAUUUUCUGUUCGGUUCCAGCCAGAGACAGAUCCAAAGAAACAAAGGCGCCACAACCUCUUCCCUUCCUAGACACAUAAUUUCUUAGAUUUUUUUAUAAUCCUUGAAUUAUAAAAAUACUAAAGAAAAAGUGACAAUAUGAAAAAAAGGAAAUUUAAAUUUGGUCAUUUAAAAUAUUAAUACAAGUUAAUAUUUUGGAAAUUUAGAAUAAAGUAUACGUAUAUACUAUAUACCUAUAUACCUAUAUAUUAUUAUUUUUGUUGUAAUACAAUUAUUUUCUCCUCCCAGAUCUUUGCUCUGGAUCCGUAUGUGGUUUCAGCCUCAGAAAAAUAUUAUUACGCUAUGAUACCUAUACAAUUUACAGUAAAACCGUUUUCUAAAAAUACUAUGAUUACAACAGGAAUUUCACUCUCGUCGAAAGCUUUUGGUUCGCCCUGACUUCGUUCACGCCUCAAGGAGGCGGUGAAACACCAAAAGCCAUCAGCGGCCGUGUACUGGUUGCCGCCUAUUGGGUUUUCGUCGUACUCAUGCUGGCCACAUUCACCGCCAAUUUGGCCGCGUUUCUAACGGUGGAAAGAAUGCAAGUGAGUUCCUAACUAAAAUUAUUUAUCUCUAAAUAGUAUAACACAAGUCGGUAUCCGCGUCUGACUGUUUGUGCGCUACUUUACUAUGCGAUGAAUUUUGAUACGGUUUUGACUAUAAUUUAGAGAUUUUCUUCCAAAAUGUUUAUUCUACCGAUGGUAACACGGUAAAAUGGUCUGAGUGACACAAUUCAUAAUUUUCAGAACUUUUUUUGGUCGGAAUAGGAAAUUUUUUUAUUGAACGCCUUUUUUUUUUUUUGUACGUCCUUUAUCAAUGAUAUUAAUGUAUAAUAAUAUUAGUGUAUUCCACUAGCUUUUACUAUCGUUUAUACCCUAUAAUUGAGAAUACAAAUAAAAAUUAUCAUGUACCUAUACCCCAAACUUAAAAUUCAAAUUAUUCAUUGAAUAAUAGUCACAGCUGUUUUUGCUCAUAUGCAAUGGAUGAAACACGUAUUUCUCCAUCCGAAAGUGAAGUCGUGUCGCUCAGAUUCUUUUUCCGUGUCACCAUAUAAUACAUGCAUAUUAUUUAUAGAAAGUAAAAAAAGUCGAUGUUUUGGAUAAAAAAAAGUCCGCGAUGGUAUAUGUCUAUCUCCUAGCUUAAGUUCACCCACAGUAAUCAUAAAUGUGAACGUUUGUAUAGAUGAAGAUUUAUUACCAAUUCAUUCAAAACUAUAUUGAACGAAUUGAGUUAAAAUUGUGCAUAAACAUAGUUCUAAACCAUGAACACUAGAGAAAGGACGCUGAUCAGUGUAAAUAAAGACGGUCCGAAAUUAUCACAAAUCGCUAAAAUGCGCUUCUGUCAAUAGUGGUGUCGGUUUUACAUAGAGAAUUUAUUGGUUUUUUAUUAUUGUAAUAUAAUUGGUGAAACUAAUAAAUAAUGACUGUAAAAUGUUUUUUGAAGACAAAUAAAUUCGAUCAAAUAGAUGUAUUUCCAAGUAUAUACGACUUGUAGAAUAAGAGAUAUAAUUGUUUAAAAAAAAAAUAUUUUCGAAUUGUAUAUGUCAAUAAUAUGAUAUCAAUGAAUACGUUUUAUCACACACUAAGUACUAACACAAUCAUAAAAAAUUCUACUGUCUAUAAUUGUUCAUGGUUGUUCAUGGGUUUUUUUAAAUUUUUGUUUAAAUAGUUGUUUGCUUUUUUACCUACAUAUUUUUAUGGUAAUAUUUAGGUAAUAUAACAAUCAGUCCAGAAAGUCCAGGGUAUGUGACUAAUAAAAUGCGCCCCUCUAAAACGAAUCUACAUGGCAUUUCAUUAAAACAUAUUAUGGUUACUACUUCUUUUUAGAAAAUAAUAAGUUUUUCUAUAAUUUUAUCUUUUUAUUCUUAUCGUUGCUUACAGGUAUACAUUAAAUUACCUAUAACAGUGGCUGCAUCCGUCCCCAUUAUCCUAGGACGUCCAUUUUAAAAAAAAAUGAUGUCACUUUUUUUAUUCAUUAGUUUCACCGUUUAGAUUAUAAUAAUAAAAACCAAAAAAUUCCCUAUACAUGUAAAACCGACAUCACUACCGACCGAAGCGCAUUCUAACGAUUUACGAUCAUUUUGGACCACAUUUUUUCGCUCCAGCCUCCUGUGAUCGAUGUCCUUUUUCUAGUGUUCAUGUUCUAAAUCAUGAAUUAGACUACGUUUUUCCCCCUUAAUCUCCCAUUAAGGAGUGGGCUCUAAGUAUUAGCCAAGGGGAGGCCUAGGUGAACCUGGCGCACUUUAAGUUUAAUCUAGUCUUGAGCCACUCCCCCUUCAAAUUCAUAAUAUAAUUAUUUUUACUAAGUAUCAAUUAUAGAUAUUUUUAUUUUGCAAGUUUUUCACGCGUAAUUUUAGUUCGGUAGAUACACUCUAUAAAUAAAAUUGUUUAACUAAACAGAAAUACUUGAAAAUUUAAGAGGAGGUUCAUUAUAAGCUAUAUUUUGUGGUAAAAAAAAAAAAACCUUGAGUUUAAUGUAGUACUUUUUUUAAUGUAGUAAUUUUUUUUUAUAAGAUAUUUAAUAUCAAAUUUUGUCGAAAAUCGUAAAUAUUACAGCUUUUUAAAACAUGUAUAACCGAUCUUCGUUCCGAAUCGUUAGCAAUGGUUUAUAAUUGUGAACAAAAUAUAAAUAUUGGAUAACUUUAUGUAUCCUACCUACUAACUUCCCACUUACAAUAGUGGCCCACCCGUCAUGCGAAGUAUGUCCGUUUUUUUGUUUUUGUACUUUUUUUAAACAAAUUUCACAUUGUUUAUAUAUUAUGUUUAAUUUAAAAAUAAUUUAUCAGUUUUAGUUUUUAUUAGUAUUAAGAUGAAUUAAUUUCACAUAAUAGCUUAAAAAUUGAAAAAUUGUAUCAACAUUUUAACAAUUAUAUUUGAAAUAGAUUUAUUUUUCACAUCAUGCAAAAUGUAUCCCCUAGUGAAAUGUAGAUCAUUUUAUUUAUUUGUUUAAUUAUAGGCACCAUCCAUUUUUUGUAAUACUGUAAUUGGUAAACUUGAUAUGAGAAUAAUUUGUUUUUAACCAACCAAAUGCAAAUUUUGAAUCAGUAAAAUUCUUGGUAUGGGAUACCACCUAAAGGGAAGUGUGAGGGAGAAACUCCCACAAGCUGUCCAUUGGAAACAAAUUAUAAAAAAUUAUAGAAGGUCCCAAAAUUGUCGGCCCCCUCAAUUGUCAUUUUCUGGCUACGUACCUGAUGGGCUUUAUGUAUAAUACGUAUAAAUUAAAUUAUCAACAUCGUACUUAUAAUAUAUUAUACUACACCCGAAUUUCAUUGGUUUUUUAUUUUUUUUUUUAUUAUUGUUUAUUAUGCGAUUCGCGUUUGCAGACUCCAGUCCAAUCCCUACAACAGUUGGCCCGACAGUCAAGAAUCAAUUAUUCAGUGAUUGACGGCGGCGACGCCCAUCAAUUCUUUCAGAAUAUGAAAAUGGCAGAAGACAUUUUAUACAAGCGAGUAUUAUACUAAAUACCUAACCUAUCCUCAUAGUAAUGACAAUUACCGGAGUUUAUAUAUUUUGUUUUGUUUUUUUGUGUAACACUUACGUCAUAUGCUCAGUAUUCAUACGAGAUUGCUUAUAAUAUACUGUAUUAUAUAAACAAUGUUAACGAAAUGAAUGAAAAAAUGUUCACGGAAUACCGAAUAAAGUAGGCCCUUCAAAUGUCUAAACUCCAAAACGAUUUUGGAUAUAAAACACGCAAUAGGCAGGAAUUGCCCUAACUCGAACCUAUCUGCCCAGACAACUUAUAUUUGAGUAUUUUUACGUAGUAAAACUAUAAUUACAUUUUAGCCAUAUUUAAGCUUAUUCUAAUAGAUUAUAAUUUAUAUGUCUAUAAAUAUAUAGACACUUUAAUUUUGUGAGUAAUUUUUUUUUAGUAGAUAAUCUGUGCACAUAAUUGUUAGAUAAAACAGAAAAUUGAACAGGAGGUUAAUUAUAAGUCGUAGUUUGCGAUCAAAACAAAAUAAAAUAAAUUUAAUGUAGUAUAUUUUUUUUUAUAAGAAUUUUAAUAUGAAAUUUUGACGAAAAUUGUUUAGUAAAAAAUGAUGUGGAACAAAUCUAGUUAGCUAUUGGUCCAUAUAAAUUUUUUGAAUGUAAUAUUUAUUUUCUGUUAUAUGACAUAUAUAAUAUUGUUGAAAAAGCAAUACUAUUAAGUAUUAACCGAGUUCCACUCAGAAUCGUUUUUCAUUAGCAAUGAUUAAUUUUUGCUUACAGAUAUACAUUAAAUUUCCUUCUAUAUCCUCUAUUCUCUCUCUAUGUACCUAACAGUGGUAGAAGUAUGUCCGUCUCUGCCUUAUCAACCAUUAAUAUUAAAUUAAUUUUUUCAUUUUUCCUCCCCUCCCCUCCCCCAUAGUCAAGGUCUGGAGACGCCUCUGAACACCGGGAACGAACGAAUAUCAUUUUCUGUAAUUUGCUAUUCGCAGGUUCCCGGAUGAUAUCACAAAUUUUCCUAAAAUUGUUUAAUGUAAAAUAUGUAUUAUCUAUUUAUAUUUAUAGUGUCUGGAAAGAAAUAGCAUUGAACCAAACAAACAACAGAAAAGAUUUUAGAGUUUGGGAUUAUCCCAUAAAAGAAGAAUUUGGACAAAUACUUGCAGCUAUAGAAAGAACUGGAACCGUUCCUAACAGAACUGUUGGAUAUCAAAUGGCAAGAAGAAUUAAUGUUGUAAAAUAUAUUUGAAUGUAAAUGUUUUCAUAUUAUUGGAUUUUUUAGGUAUUGGACAAUGAACAGGGUGAAUUUGCUUUGAUUCAUGAUUCAUCAGACAUCAAGUAUGAGGUUUAUAAUAAUUGUAAUCUAACCGAAGUAGGCGAAACAUUUGCUGAAAAACCGUAUUCAAUCGCUGUCCAACAAGGAAGUCUUAUACAAGAAGAAAUCAGUAGAAAGUAAAUUUAUAUCUACCUACCUACCUAUCCAAUUUGUGUUACUUAUCGAACAAACAUUUACAUAGAAUUUUGACGUAUUUGUUUUAGAAUAUUAGAUUUACAAAAGGAUAGAUUCUUUGAAUUAUUAAACGCCAAAUAUUGGAAUGCUUCCAAAGUGAGCAUGUGCCCAAAUGCCGACGACAGUGAGGGUAUCACAUUAGAAAGUUUAGGUAAAAAUAUUAUUAUAAUCAAGUAAUACACAAUUUUACCACAAGGUAUAUCUACUAGAAUUCAAAUGGUCUCAAACUUUUUUUUUUCGUACACCACACAUGUAUUUCUACCAUGUAGAUACCACAAAAAGUUAAAAUUACAAUACCUACCCAUAAAUAUUAAGUAUGGUUAGUAUAGAUAAGUAAAUACAUAGAAAGAUUGGGUACUGGGUAAUCCCUAAUACCUAUUAAUAAUCAAUUAUUACAAUAAUACUAAGUACUGAAUUAAGGACCUAGGUACAUAUCUAUACAAAAUAGAUAAAAAAUAUUAAAACAAAAUGGAAAAUAGAUCAAGAUCAUAGCCCAGCUACUGGUGCCAUUUGUAAAUAAGUUUGUCAGAACUGAUGAGUAGUUGGCAGCAAAGCAUAAAUAGUGUAACGGUGGAUUUUUUUCUGAAACCUCUUUCCCCCCACUAUAUGCAUACAAGAGUUCACCCCCUCUAUCAGAAAUUUUUUUUUAAAUUUUCUGCCAGUGUUUAAAACAGAUAAACUGAUUACUAUCUGUAUCUAUCUAAUUACUAUCUGUAAUGUUAAAUAAUGUUUCAGGUGGUGUUUUCAUUGCAACUUUAGUUGGCUUGUUGAUAGCAUUAAUUACUCUAGCUUUUGAAGUGAUCUACAUCAAACACAAACGCGCUAGAGUAGCUAAUGUUAGCAGUGUAAACGGCAGCACUGUCCGUAAGGAUCAAUUGAUGUACAGUCAUGAACUAUUCGAGACACUAGGCCGGCAUUCUAAUUCGGUUGACCAAAAACGUUGGGCCAAUAAAAUCAAGCUGGAUUCAACUACAGCUCGUCUAAAUAACGCAUUGUUCUUUCGUAGACAUAAAUUUCAAAAUUAA